AUGACUGAAGCAUCGAUGAACGCGGAUCAAAGCCAGGGCUCGGGGACUGUUGUGGAAUGCAGGGAUCGCUUGGCCGUGGAGGAGCAGGGAGCGCAGCUGGAUCUAGCAACUGCUGGCGCAGGAGGCGGCGGCAAGCGCGACGAUGAGUGCGGCACGGUCCAAGGGCAGGGAGAUGAUGGGAUUGCCGACCGCAACGACUGCCCUGUGGCGCCGCGAAGCAACGAUCGUGAUCCGCCAGGCGACGAGGUGCAGCUGAGCUCGGCUCGCCAGGAGCAGGCGGACGACGUCGGCGCAGAGCGCUUCGGCGAUGAAACGCGUGGAUCGGCGCAUGUUGCGCGCCAGCACGUGCCGAGCGCACCGCCGCAUGAGCACCGCGGCGACUCCGCGCACUUAUGCUCGUGGUCGUCCACGUCGCACGAUCAGUCCGCCGACGUGACUGUUUGGCAUAUCAGCUGCUGCGCCAGCCCCUCUGAUCCUCACCACCCCGCUGCCGCUGCAUCUCCGCCACCCGCGCCAUCUUUGCCUGUUGAAUCCGCGGACCCGUUGCAGUCAAGCACCGGCGCUGAAUCCGCUCAGCGCUGCUGUUCCUGUAGCGGCCACCGCCUCGUCGCGGCGGGUCAGGCGGAGCAAGGGGACGCGGCGGAGGGGCAGAGCGCGCGGCGCAUGGCGGCGGCAGCAGGCGUGCGUUCUGGGAGCUGCGCGCACGACGGGUUCCGCGGGCACAUGGAGGACGUGCCCGUCGCCAUCGACGACCUGCACGCCUGGUGCCACUCCGCUCCCCCGCUCCUCGCUCCCCCCCCCUCCUCCUCCUCCUCCUCCUCCUCCUCCUCCUCCUCCUCCUCCUCCUCCUCCUCCUCCUCCUCCUCCUCCUCCGCCGCCGCCGCCGCCGCCGCCGCCGCCGCCGCCGCCGCUCCGCUCUCCGCGCCGACGUCCACGGUGCAACUACCUGAGCUGCCUCAGCAGGCGUCAUCACCGACUCGUUAUGCGUUCUACGGGGUGUUUGACGGCCACGAGGGGUCAGUGGAAGCGGCGGAGUUUGCAGCAGGGGCGAUAGUGCGCCAUCUGCUGGCGGAUACCGCCUUCACGGCGCACGUGCCGUGCGCGCUGCACCGCGCCUUCCUCGCCACGGACCACCAGCUCGCCUCCGCAUGGUCCGCCGGCCAUGCCGCCAAGUCCGGCACCACCGCUCUCACUGCUGUGCUUGCUGACAGGUCGUUGGUGGUGGCAAACGCAGGGGACUGCAGGGCGGUGCUGUGUCGGCGGGGCCGCAGCAUCCUGUUAUCGCGCGACCACCGUGCGUCGCACUGCCACUCGGAGCGGCAGCGGGUGGAGGCAGCAGGGGGGCACGUGGUGGACGGCUACUUGAACGGGUACCUCAUGGUCACACGUGCGCUCGGCAACUGGCAUCUUAAGGACCUCAAGUCAUCACACAUUUCAAGUGAUUCCCCUUCUCCACCACCUGCUGCCUCUGCACCAACUGCACAUGACCCCUCGCCUCCUGUGCCCUCCUCACCCACUCCAACUCCCCUCUCCACCGCCACUGAGCCCCACUCGCUCCGGACUGAAGAAAUUGCUUCUACUGUGGAUGAACGGCAAAACGGGGAGGCCUUUCCCCAGCAUGUAACACAUCCUCGGCACUACCCAUCUCCUCGAGACCACAGUCACGGCGGGGCAGUGCGCUCUCGCUUCCACGGGCACAAGCAGCACUGGAGCCACCUCUACCGCUCCCUCGGCUGGCCCUUCCACUCCCACCAUCACUCUCAGCACCACACGCACGCCUCGUCGACUCGCUGGGAGCACAAGCAGCAGCGGCACGUGUGUUCGGGGGUGAGCAAAGGGCCGCUCAUUGCAAGUCCCGACGUGUGGGAGAUCACACUGACCGACGAGGACGAGUUCCUGCUGCUCGCCAGUGAUGGGCUCUGGGACGUGUUCCGCAGUGAGAACGCAGUGGACUAUGCACGCAGGCAGCUGCGCACACACAACGACCCGCAGAAGUGCGCCGAGGAGCUGGUGGCAGAGGCGCUGAGGAGAGGCGCGUGGGACAACCUCACGGUCGUUGCUGUGUGCCUCACGGCCUCGCCGCCUCCCCCGCUGGAGGAGGGCGAGGCCCAUGUGAAGCGCGCCAUGGGGCGGCGCUCCAACAGCCGGCUGCCGUGGGCAGUGAAAGCACGCGCUGCUGCUGGUGCUGCAGGUGCUGGGCAUGGGGUUGGCAGUGGUGCUGAUGAGUCUGCUGUGUGUGCCAGUUGA